AUGAGUACGCAAACUGAGGCGAUUGCCGCUGUGGUGGAGGUGACCAAGUCGGUCAACUUCCUGUCCCAGCAGGCCAAAGCCAUUCCUUCCCCAUAUGCUGCCUUAUUGGAAACUCACCAGCUUUUAGCUGGAAAUGAGCCAUUAUUUCAUGUUUCUGCUUUCCUUCAGCAACGUGCCGAACAGGAGGCUGCUGAGGAGAGAGAGGGCGAGGCUCCUGCUAAGCAGGCUGUUUCUGUCACUACAGACUCACAGACGCUUUUCCAGAACCUACCUCACUUAUCCAACUCAGUGUACAAGUCCAACCCUACGGUUAUUCACGUUGAAAUCAACGACGCCGACUUUGGCAUUGCUGCUGCCUUGACGGACUUGUCGUACCCUGUGUUUGUGUCCCACGGUGUUGCUCAUGCUCAUAAUGUUGCACAGGCUGCCUAUGCUGCCGCUUUUGCUGAGCAGAAGUUGGUUUUCCACUUGUAUGUGCCUUCCACCGCUACCGAGAAGCUCAAGGGUAAGACCGAGAUCGCCACCAACUUGUCCUCGGUUGCUGAGGCUGCCUCCUUCUACGAGGUUUCUCCAUUCACCACCUUGAACAAGCUGUCGAAGGCCAAGGACGCCAUCGUUGUUUUGGGCCUGCCUUCUGAAGAGUUCGUUGCUGCUGCUUCCAAGCAACAGGCUCUCAUAUACCGUGUGGACGUUUACCAGCCAUUUGACUUGAAGGCGCUUCUUUCUUCCAUCCCAGCUGGCGUUGAGACCCUUACAUUGGUGGAACAGACCAACAGAUCUGCUUCUUUCUCCGCCUUGCUUUUAGACUUCUUUAAAAACUAUUCUGCCUUGCAGUCUUUGAAAAACUUCACCAAGGUUGUCGGUGCCAAGCUUGGCCAGUACACUGACGCUACCAAGAUUGUCGGUGAGCUUUUGGACAACAGCAGAUCUGAAGCUCCAAAGCAAAACGUUCUCUUCGGUUCUGUCUCAUCCACCGAGGAGGUCUCUCCUCAGCUGGAGGAGGGUGCCAAGAAGGUCUACGCUUUGGAACAGGCCUACCUCAAGGUCUUGUCUCAAGUCAACGACAAGUCUCACAUUUGGAACGAUUUUUCCGCUCCAUCUGUCGGUGGCUCCUCCAACCCAGAGUUCGGUUUUGGCUCUUUCUUGCAUUACGAAGAGCAGCAAACUGCAUUGAUCAACAUUGUCUCUACAGCCAUUAAGAAGAACAGCUUCGCCUCUUUGGACAACGAGAAGCUUAUCGAGCUUUUAACACUGUGGUUGGUGCUCGUCAAGUCUGGCAAGCCAUUCGAGAGCACUCAGGAAGUUGUCAAGCUCUUGAACACCGAUUCCUCCGGCGCUUCUCAGCAAAUCCUCAACCUCAAGGACUUCUUCGAGGUUAGACCAAACUGGUUGGUUGGUUCCGAUGCUUGGUCGUACGACUUGGGCUCUUCCGGUGUCCACAGCGUCAUUGCUUCCGGUAAGAACGUCAACAUGUUGGUGAUUGACUCUGAGCCAUACUCCAACAAGAAGUUGGAUCUCGUGCGCAAGAAGGACAUUGGUUUGUACGCCAUGAACUACGGUAACACCUAUGUUGCAUCCAUCGCUAUUUAUUCUUCCUACACCCAGGUGUUGCAAGCUUUCAUUGAGGCCGAGAAGUUCGACGGUCCUUCUGUUGUCUUGGCUUACUUGCCUUACGAGUCUGAGAACAGUGACAUCUUGAGCAUUCUCAAGGAAACCAAGCUUGCUGUUGACGCUGGCUACUGGCCCUUGUACAGAUACGAUCCUUCUAUCGAGAAGGAUGACGACAGAUUCAAGCUCGACUCUUCUUCUUUGAGAAAGCAGUUGAGAGACUUCUUGGACAGAGAGAACAAGUUGACUCUUUUGGCCAAGAAGAACCCAGAGCUCCUGAGAAACUUGACUGCCUCCGCUAACAGCGAGGCCAAGAGACAACAAACUCGCGUCGAAGACGAGUCUUUCAAGCAGUUGUUGCAGGGUUUGUCUGGUCCUCCAUUGACUGUCGCUUUCGCUUCUGAUGGUGGUAACGCCGAGGCCGUUUCCAAGAAGAUCAACAGACAGGCUUUGGCCAGAGGCUUGAAGUCUACUGUCUUGUCUAUGGAUGAUGUCUCUGUUGAGGACUUGGGUCUUGAGACCAACAUUAUUUUCGUCACAUCCACUGCUGGUCAGGGUGAGUUCCCCAACAACGGUAAAGCCUUCUGGGAUGGCUUGAAACAGGCACAGGACUUGGACUUGACUUCCGUCAAGUUCUCUGUGUUCGGUUUGGGUGACUCGAAGUACUGGCCAAGAAAGGAAGACAAGCACUACUACAACAAGCCAGGUCAGGACUUGUACCUGAAGUUGAAGCUUUACGGUGCCGAGGAGCUCGCUGAAUUGGGUCUUGGUGAUGACCAGGACCCUGAUGGAUUCAACACUGGUUACGAGGAGUGGUUGCCAAAGAUCUGGAAGGCCUUGGGUGUUGAUGGCGUUGAAGGUGUUGAAGAACCCAAGCCAUUGACAAACGAGGACAUGAAGAUUGGCUCCGACUACUUGAGAGGUACCAUCGCCGAGGGUCUUCGUGACGAAAGCACCGGUGCCAUUUGUGCUGUCGACCAGCAGUUGACCAAGUUCCACGGUAUUUACAUGCAAGAUGACCGUGAUAUCAGAGACGAAAGAAAGCUGCAGGGCUUGGAGCCAGCUUACUCCUUCAUGGUUCGUCUUAGGUUGCCAGGUGGAGCUGCUGAUCCUUCUCAGUACUUGAAGUUGGACGAGCUUGCUGACGAAAGAGGUAACGGUACCUUGAAGAUCACCACCAGAGCUACUUUCCAGUUGCACGGUGUUGUCAAGCAUGACUUGAAGCCUGCUAUCAGAGGUAUGAACUCUGCUCUCUUGGAUACUUUGGCUGCUUGUGGUGACGUUAACAGAAACGUCAUGGUGUCUGCUCUUCCAGGCAAUGCCAAGGUCCACAGACAGGUUGCUCAGGCUGGUUCCGAGAUUUCUGAGCAUUUGUUGCCUUCCACUACUGCUUACCACGAGAUCUGGUUGGAAGGUCCUGAUGACGGCGACAAGCCAGGUUACCAGGAGGCUUGGGAGAACAAGAAGGGUGGUCCAAAGUUGAAGAAGACUAUGGUUGCUGGUAACGCUUUGGUCGACCACGAGCCACUUUACGGACCAACCUACUUGCCUAGAAAGUUUAAGAUUGUUAUCACUGUUCCACCUUACAACGAUGUUGAUGUCUAUGCUCACGAUAUUGGUUUGAUUGCCAUUGUUGAGAACGACGAGGUUAUCGGUUUCAACCUUCUCGCUGGUGGUGGUAUGGGUUCUACUCACAACAACGUCAAGACCUACCCAAGAACUGGUUCUUUGUUCGGUUUCGUUCCAAGAGACAAGAUCAACCAGGCCUGUGAGAAGGUUAUGUUGGUACAGAGAGAUUUUGGUGACAGAACCAACAGAAAGCAUGCCAGAUUGAAGUACACCAUUGACGACAUGGGUGUUGAGGAGUUCAAGGCCAAGGUUGAGGAGUACUGGGGUGAGAAGUUUGAGGAAGCCAAGCCUUUUGAGAUCAAGAGCAACAUCGACUACUUCGGCUGGGUCAAGGACGAAGAGGGCUACAACCAUUUCACCGCUUUCUUGCCUCAGAAGACUGGUUUGAAGACCAUUGCCAAGUGGUUGCUCGACAACAAGAAGUCCGGUGAAUUCAGAUUGACUGGUAACCAGCAUAUCGUUCUUUCGAGAAUUGCCGAUGAGGACUUGCCCAAGAUCAAGGAGUUGCUUGCCAAGUACAGCUUGGACAACACUGAUUUCUCUGGUUUGAGAUUGUCCUCCUCUUCAUGUGUGGCUUUGCCAACCUGUGGUUUGGCAAUGGCUGAGUCUGAACGUUACUUGCCAGAGCUCAUUGGCAAAUUGGAGACUGCUCUUGAGGACUAUGGUUUGAGACAUGACUCUGUCGUCAUGAGAAUGACUGGUUGUCCUAACGGAUGUGCCAGACCUUGGUUGGCUGAGGUUGCCCUUGUGGGUAAGGCCAUGGGUGCCUACAACUUGAUGUUGGGAGGUGGCCACCACGGCCAGAGAUUGAACAAGAUCUACAGAUACUCCAUCAAGGAGGACGAGAUCAUGGACAUUUUGUUGCCAUUGUUCAAGAAGUGGUCUUUGGAGAGACUCGACAACGAGCCAUUUGGUGACUACUGUAUUAGAACGGGUGUUAUUGCGGAGACUACCGAGGGUAAGUACUUCCACGAGAACAUCCCUGAAGAAGCCUAA